CCCCGCCUCCUCGCCGCCCAACUCCCGCUCUCCCUAGGGCUUCCCCCCCUCCCCACUCCCCUCGGCGGCGCGGCGGCCAAGUCCGAGCAGGCCUCACCGUCACCGGAGGCGCGACCAUGGGCGGCGAGAAGGAGAACAUCGACCUCUCCGACCUCAACAUCUCCCUCCCCCCCGCCGCCGCCGCCCUCAGCGCCGAGGACCGCGUCGACCUCGUGAAUGCCCUGAAGGACAAGAUGCAGAGCUUGGCGGGUCUGCACGCCGACGCGCUCGAGUCGCUCUCGCCCAAUGUCAGGACGCGCGUUGAGUUUCUGAGGGGCAUUCAGAGCCAACAUGAUGAGAUUGAGGCGAAGUUUUUUGAGGAAAGGGCCGCCCUUGAAGCCAAGUACCAGAAGCUGUAUGAACCAUUGUAUGCUAAGAGGUAUGACAUUGUAAAUGGAGUUGUGGAGGUUGAUGGCGUUGUUAAAGAACCUACCACUGAAAAUGCUGCAGAGGGGGGUGAUUCAGAUGCUAAAGGAAUCCCAGAUUUCUGGCUCACUGCUUUGAAAACAAAUGAAGUGCUGACUGAGGAGAUCCAAGAGCGUGACGAGCCUGUUUUGAAAUAUCUAAAGGAUAUAAAGUGGUCUAGAAUUGAUGACCCUAAGGGUUUCAAGCUUGAGUUUUUCUUUGAUACAAAUCCAUUCUUCAAGAACUCUGUCCUAACAAAAACCUAUCAUAUGGUUGAUGAAGAUGACCCGAUUUUGGAGAAAGCAAUCGGGACUGAAAUUGAGUGGUAUCCUGGCAAAAAUGUGACACAGAAGAUUCUAAAGAAGAAACCCAAGAAAGGUUCAAAGAACACAAAGCCUAUUACUAAAACUGAAGAGUGCGAGAGCUUCUUCAACUUUUUCAGCCCCCCACAAGUACCUGAAGAUGACGAGGACAUAGAUGAAGAUGCCGCUGAUGAGCUUCAGGGUCAAAUGGAGCAUGAUUAUGACAUUGGGUCUACCAUAAGGGAUAAGAUCAUCCCUCAUGCUGUUUCUUGGUUUACCGGCGAGGCUGUGCAAGCUGAGGAUUUUGAUGAUAUGGAAGAUGGUGAUGAGGAUGACGACGAUGAGGAUGACGACGAAGAAGAUGACGAGGAUGAGGACGAGGACGAGGAUGAGGAUGAAGACGAGGAAGAGCUAAGCAAGCCAACGAAGAAGGUGGCUGGCAAACCGAAGGGACCUGCAAAGGGCGGCGCCCAAGGCAAUGCCGAGCAACCGGCGGACUGCAAGCAGCAGUAGAAGUUGGUGGAUGCAGUUGUGCAUUGUUUUCUCAUUGAACUGCCCAGGAGGAAGGGAGCUUUUAUGCUGGUUGUGUUGUGCACGGGUGAGACGUUUGGUGUGGAUAGUAUCGUAGGCAUGAUUUUGUAUCAGGUGGCGUGGUGAUUGUGCUUGUGUGGAUGGAUGGUUUGGGACGGUCGUGUUGGCGUAUUCUUAUUCUGGUAUGGUCUCUAGCUAUAUGCAGUCGAAGGGCACCCUAAGAUUGUGUAAUUAUAUUUUGAACUCUUCUAAUAGAGCUUUUAGUAUGGCA